AUGGUAAGUUUUAGAAGUAUAAUAGUUUUUAUUCCUAUAGUAAUAAUUUUUUGUGGGAUAUGGGGAUUUAUUACAUAUAAUAAGCAUAUACUAAAUUCUUUAUUAAGAUUAGAGUUUAUAAUACUUGGGGUUUUCUGAUUAAUAAGAAUUCAAUUGACUCUAGUAGGGAGGGAAAUUUAUUUUUCUCUAUUUUUUUUAACGUUAGCUGCGUGUGAAGGGUCUUUAGGAUUAACUAUGUUGAUUUUAGUGGUCCGGAGCCAUGGAAAUGAUGUAUUUAGUAGAUUUAAUUUAUUAGAAUGUUAA